UUUUACCAGGUUCCACCACCCCCAAAGUGUGUGGGGUUGCGGGCCCUGGGCUUUCAGGGCAGGUGGCUCCAGGGGGCCGCCCAGGGUCAACACUCCCUGUCCCACCUGGUGGACGCUCAUGAGCAACAGCUGCCAACUUGGCAGGUUGUUUUCUUUGGUUGGAGGCCACUGAGUGACUGGCAGGUUGCUGGGCCUCAUGUGGCUGCAGGGAGGGGUGAGGAAGGGGAUGGAGUACCAGGGGAACACGGCCGCAGAGUGACCUUCCACAUUCCUCCACACGAACAUGCUGACGCCACGGGAGGCCUCACUGAACGCAGGCCUGGGGGCCGAGUACUUGGUCCGGGCAGGGGGUUCCUGGCAGGGGCUCACACCUCCUCACCCCCUCCUCAGCCAAGGUGGCUUGGGCCCAGAGAAGGGGAGGUUGGAGAGGAGCAGAAGGCCAGGCCUCAAGUUUUGUUUUUUUUGUUUGUUUUGUUUUUUGUUUUUGAAAUGUAGUUUGACUCUUGUCACCCAGGCUGGAGUGCAGUGGCACGAUCUCAGUGGCCUUCAUACCUGGCUAAUUUUUUGUAUUUUUACUGGGGGUGGGGUUUUGUCAUGUUGGCCAGGCUGGUCUUGACCUCCCGACCUCAGGUGAUCCACUCACCUCAGCCUCCCAAAAUGUGAUUACAGGCAUGAGCCACCGCUCCCAACUUCAUUCAUUUUUACUUGAAAAACUCCAUUAAGCAUUUUUUUAAGGUAGACCUAGUGGUCCUGAAUGUCCUCAGCUUUGUUUGUCGAGGAAACACGUUAUUUCUUUUUUAUUUCUGAAGGACAGCUUUGUCAGACAUAGUAUUAGUUGCUGGCAGUUUUUUUCUUUCAGCACUUUGAAUGUAUUAUUCGAUUCUGUCCUGACCUGCAAAGUUUCUUUAACUUUUGACUAUUUGAUUAUAUUGUGACUUGGUGAGUAUCUAUUUGGUUUGAACCUCUUUAGGAAUCUUUAAGCUUCAUGGAUUUAGAUGUGUAAAUCUUUCCCAUGAUUUAGGCAGUUUUCAGCCAUUCUUUAAAUAAGCUUUCUUCUCCUUUCUCUACUUUCCUUCCCAAACUCCCAUAACCUGACAAUGGUUUGCCUAAUGGUGUCUUGUUGGCUUUCUUUUCUCUGUCUCUUUUUUUUUUUCUUUUUUUUUUUUUUGAGACAGAGUCAUGCUCUGUCACCCAGGCUGGAGUGUAAUGUGUGGUCUCGGCUCACAUUGCACUCCAACCUCCGCCUCCUGGGUUCAAGCGAUUCUCCUGCCUCAGCCUCCCAAGUAGCUGGGACUACAGGUGUGUGCCACCACACCCGGCUAAUUUUUGUAUUUUUAGUAGAGAUGGGGCUUUGUCAUGUUGGACAGGCUGGUCUUGAACUCCUGACCUCUUAAUCUGCCUGCCUCGGCCUCCCAAAGUGUUGGGAUUACAGGCUUGAGCCACCACACCCAGCCUUCUUUUCUCUUUUUUAUUCUUUUUUUCUUUGUCCUCUGACUGGAUAAUUUCAGAAGAUCUAUAUUGAAGUUUACAGAUUCUCUCUCCUGUUGAAGUUUACUAUUGUGUUAUAUCACCCAGUCUGGUCUUGAACUCCUGGGCUCAAGAGAUCCUCCCACCUUGGCCUCCCAAAGUGCUGAGUUUACAAGCAUGAGCCACUGCAUCCAGUCAGUCCCAGCACUUUGGGAAGCUGAGGUGGGAGGAUCACUUGAGCUUAGGAGUUUGAGACCAGCCUGGGCAACGUACUGAGAACUUGUCUCUAUAUUUAAAAAAAAAAAAAAAAGUCUUUGGGAGGCCAAAGCGGGAGGAUCACCUGAGGUCAGGAGUUCGAGACCAGCCUGGCCAACAUGGCAAAACCCCAUCUCUACUAAAAAUACAAAAAUUAGCCAGGUGUGGUGGCACACGCCUGUAGUGGUGCUGCAUGCCUGUAGUCCCAGCUACUCAAGAGGCUGAGGCAGGAGAAUCACUUGAACUGGGAGAUGGAGGUUGCAGUGAGCUGAGAUCGCACCAGUGCACUCCAGCCUGGGCAACAGAGUGAGACUCCAUCUUAUAAAAGGAAAAAAGAAGAAAAGAAAAAUUCCAUAUCUGAGUGUUUACUCCUGAGUUUUUGAGAUUGUUAUUAAGAUCGUGCUCUACUGUGAUGAUUUGGGUUUGUUUGAUAAUCAGAAAAAAGCAUAUUCUUUUGGGUGUUCAGCCACACUGCUUUGGUGUCACAACUGCACAUUGGUUUCACAGCUGCAGGACAAAUUCGAGCAUCUUAAAAUGAUUCAACAGGAGGAGAUAAGGAAGCUCGAGGAAGAGAAAAACAACUGGAAGGAGAAAUCAUAGAUUUUUAUAAAAUGAAAGCUGCCUCUGAAGCACUGCAGACUCAGCUGAGCACUGAUACAAAGAAAGACAAACAUCGACUUUUUACCUUAAUCCUUGCUGCAGUAUUUCCAAGUAAGAGUGGAGAUAGAUUUACCCUUUCUAAACUAUUAGCUGUAAUUUUAAGCAUUGGAGGUGUUGUACUGGUAAACCUGUCAGGGUCUGAAAAAUCUGCUGGAAGAGAUACAAUAGGUUCCAUUUGGUCUCUUCCUGGAGCCAUGCUCUAUGCUGUCUAUAUUGUUAUGAUUAAGAGAAAAGUAUAUAGAGAAGACAAGUUGGAUAUUCCAAUGUUCUUUGGUCUUGUAGGUUUGUUUAAUCUGCUGCUCUUAUGGCCAGGUUUCUUUUUACUUCAUUAUACUGGAUUUGAGGACUUCGAGUUUCCCAAUAAAGUAGUAUUAAUGUGCAUUAUCAUUAAUGGCCUUACUGGAACAGUACUCUCAGAGUUCCUGUGGUUGUGGGGCUGCUUUCUUACCUCAUCAUUGAUAGGCACACUUGCACUAAGCCUUACAAUACCUCUGUCCAUAAUAGCUGACAUGUGUAUGCAAAAGGUGCAGUUUUCUUGGUUAUUUUUUGCAGGAGCUAUCCCUGUAUUUUUUUCAUUUUUUAUUGUAACUCUCCUAUGCCAUUAUAAUAAUUGGGAUCCUGUGAUGUUGGGAAUCAGAAGAAUAUUUGCUUUUAUAUGCAGAAAACAUCGAAUUCAGAGAGUUCCAGAAGACAGUGAACAGUGUGAGAGUCUCAUCUCUAUGCACAGUGUUUCUCAGGAGGAUGGAGCUAGUUAGCUGUUUGUUGUCUGUAGCCCAGCUUGAUAAUGGAACUAUACAGCGAAGAGACAAUCUCUGGCAAGUUUUUGUAGAAAAAAUGUUUCAGUGCCUAGUCUGAAAAAUAACAGUUUCAGUUCUUCGAAACUCUAAAAUAUAUUUUUCUCAUACCUGUUUUCUUCAUUUUCAUAAUGAAGCACUUUGCUAUGUAGCUGUGUACAUAUCACUACAGUUAUAGGAAGUUUCAGUCUACAGUCCAUCCAAAGGACCAACCUGCCUUACACAUCUCAAGGAAUUCAGCUGUUGAAAUCAUUUGAACUAAUCAAGGAAUAAAUCCUAAUGUUCUGGGACUUUAUUUUCACAUGUUAAAUGCUGGAAUAUAUUAUGAAAAUGUUUUCAAGAAAUCACUCAAGUGUUCAUAGACCAGUAUUUCUGACAGGUAAAAUGCUAAAAUAAGCUACCUGUAAUAAGUGUGGAUUAUAUUUUUGGGUUUUGUAGAAUAUUGCAAAUUAACUACACAAAAAAUGUUUAAUUUAUGCAACAAGCAUGUUUGUGCAAAUUUCAUGGGACUUUAAAAAGAAUAAGUAUUUGAGAAAAUAUCUGGUUCACUUACACUACAUUUACUGUAUUAUUCUUUUAUAGCAUUAGGUGCCUUGUAUUUUAAAUCUGUGACAAACCGUGGCAAAUUUUUAAAGGGGAAGUAUUAUUAUAAAAUGAAGAAAUAUGUAUUUCUAAAGGCUAUAUUGCUGUAAACUUAAUUGAUAAAGCUCUGUUUAAUUUAGAGUUUUGAAGAAAUAGUCUCCCUUCAAUUAAGAAAUUUUCAUAAUGGAAUGAUUUAAAUUGAAGUGACAAAGAGUAUUAUUAAAAUACAAUGUUUAUACGUGUAUUUGUGUAUUGUAGAUGUAUCAAGUGAUUUCUAAUUUUUUUCACAUAUGAAUGUGCCAGAUUACUCUAGAACUAGAUGUCUCUUCUUUAAAUAAUUUUAGUUUUCCUGAAUAAAUUUGUAAUGGUUAAAGUACCAAGUAAGUAAGGCGAGAAGGGAUUCUGUUUUUAAAAUCACAUCAGAACUUUUCCUCUACUAAGAUUAUAAAUUAAAUGUAAAAUACUCCUAAUUGCAAUUCUUAAACUUAGGCCUUACAUGUACUUAUUAUGCAACUGCUCCUGGACUCUAUUCACCAUAGAUAUCAGUAAACGUAUGUCCCAGGAUUCACAGGCUUUUGAUUAAUCAAUAUUCUCUUCAAGUUUUCUGUGUGAAGAGUUUAGUUCUCUUCAAAAUUUCUUAACUAAUCUGAUUUUUAAGAGUUCUCUUUGCAGUGUUUAGCUUCCUAUUCACAUUCUUAAAGUUGCUUUGGUGUUACCAUGAGUCUAAAAUGAAGUUUAGCCUUCCUUUUGUUUCAUUCUGAGAACUUCUAUAUUAUAUUACCUUUAAAAAUUGUUUAUGAUAUUAAAUUUAAAAUACAAACA